CGGACUAGUCACCAGCCAGCAGUCAGUCUUUAACAGACUGAGCUGCAUACAGUAGGCAAGCGGCUGACAUCCUGAACUAAAAAUGGCUGCCACCGGAGUUCUCCCCUUUAUCAGGGGAGUGGACCUGAGUGGAAACGACUUCAAAGGAGGUUACUUCCCAGAACAUGUCAAGUCUAUGAGCAGUCUCCGCUGGCUGAAGCUGAACAGGACAGGGCUGUGCUACCUCCCAGAGGAACUGGCAUCGCUGCAGAAGCUGGAACAUCUGUCUGUGAGCCACAACAGUCUCACCACUCUGCAUGGAGAGCUGUCCAGCCUGCCUAACCUACGGGCGGUGGUGGCCAGAGCAAAUAACCUGAAGAACACAGGAGUCCCAGAUGACAUCUUCCAGCUGGACGACCUGUCUGUGCUGGACCUGAGCUACAACCUGCUGACGGAGAUCCCCAGAGACCUGGAGAACUCCAAGAACAUGCUGGUCCUCAACCUCAGCCACAACGCCAUCGACGGCAUCCCCAACCAGCUGUUCAUCAACCUGACAGACCUGCUGUACCUGGACCUGAGCGACAACAAGCUGGACAGCCUGCCUCCGCAGAUGAGACGUCUGGUGCACCUGCAGACCCUCGUCCUCAACAACAACCCACUGAUGCACGCCCAGCUACGCCAGCUUCCUGCCAUGGUGGCCCUUCAGACUCUCCACCUGAGGAACACACAGCGCACCCAGAGCAACAUGCCCACCAGUCUAGAGGGACUAGCACACCUCGCCGACGUGGACCUGUCCUGUAACGACCUGACCCGCGUCCCGGAGUGUCUGUAUUCUCUGGGCAGCUUGAAGAGGCUCAACCUGAGCAGCAACCAGAUCUCUGAGCUGUCCCUCUGCAUCGACCAGUGGACCCAGCUGGAGACCCUCAACCUCAGCCGCAACCAGCUCACCUCCCUGCCGUCUGCCAUCUGUAAGCUGGCUAAGCUGAAGAAGCUGUACGUGAACUCCAACAAGCUGGACUUUGACGGGGUCCCCUCUGGGGUGGGCAAGCUGUCCAGUCUCACUGAGUUCAUGGCAGCCAACAACAACCUGGAACUCAUACCCGAGGGGCUGUGCAGGUGUGGGAAGCUGAAGAAGCUGGUGUUGAACAAGAACCGUCUGGUGACCCUGCCUGAAGCUGUCCACUUCCUCACAGACCUGGAGAUCCUGGAUGUCAGGGAGAACCCUAACCUGGUGAUGCCUCCCAAGCCAGUGGACAGGACGGCAGAGUGGUACAACAUCGACUUCUCUCUGCAGAACCAGCUGAGACUGGCUGGAGCCUCACCGGCCACCGUAGCAGCUGCUGGGGGAGGAGCCAGCCCCCGGGACCCCCUGGCGAGGAAGAUGAGGCUGAGGAGGAGGAAGGACUCUGUCCAGGACGACCAGGCCAAGCAGGUGCUGAAGGGCAUGAGUGAUGUCACCCAGGAGAAGAACAGGAGUCUGGAGGAGAACGGAGACAUGAAGUACUCAGAUUUGAAGACGCGUCGCUGGGAUAAGAGUCUGGAGAAGCCCCACCUGGACUACUCUGAGUUCUUCAUGGAGGAUGUUGGUCAGGUUCCUGGUUUGACGGUGUGGCAGAUAGAGAACUUUGUGCCGAUGCAGGUGGAGGACGCGUUCCAUGGGAAGUUCUAUGAGGCUGACUGUUACAUCAUCCUGAAGACGUUCCUGGAUGAUAACGGGGCCUUGAACUGGCAGAUCUUCUACUGGAUUGGUCAGGAGGCCACGCUGGAUAAGAAGGCGGGGUCUGCCAUCCAUGCGGUCAACCUGAGGAACUACCUGGGCGCUGACAGCAGGAGCAUCCGAGAGGAGAUGGGCGACGAGAGCGAGGAGUUCAGCGCUGUGUUUGAUAAUGAGAUCUCCUACAUCGAGGGAGGCACAGCCAGUGGGUUCUACACUGUGGAGGACACCCACUACUCUGUCAGGCUUCACCGUGUGUAUGGGAAGAAGAACAUCAAGCUGGAGUCUGUCCCUCUGAAGGCCUCGUCCCUCGACCCACGGUUUGUGUUCCUGCUGGACACGGGUCUGGAGAUCUUCAUCUGGAGAGGAGCCAAUGCCACGCUCAGCGGAACCACCAAGGCCAGGCUGUUUGCAGAGAAGAUCAAUAAGAACGAGAGGAAGGGCAAGGCUGAGAUCACGUGUCUGCUGCACACCCAGGAGCCCCCGUCCUUCUGGGAGGUUCUGGGAGGGCAGCCGGAGGAGAUCCUCAAGCACGUCCCAGACGGCUUCUCACCCGUUAGACCCAAGCUGUACAAGGUGGGGUUGGGGCUGGGGUACCUGGAGCUUCCUCAGAUCAACUACAAGCUGUCUGUGGAGCACAAAGACAAGACCAAGCUGGACACCCUGCCAGAGCUCCGACUGCUGCAGUCUUUGCUAGACACCAGGGGGGUGUACAUCCUGGACUGCUGGUCGGACGUGUUCAUCUGGAUCGGGAGGAAGUCUCCCCGCCUGGUGAGAGCUGCGGCUCUGAAGCUGGGUCAGGAGGUGUGCAGCAUGCUGCACCGGCCCAAACACGCCUGCGUCACACGCAACCUGGAGGGCACCGAGUGCCAGAUCUUCAAGUCGAAGUUUAAGAACUGGGACGAUGUUCUGAAGGUGGACUAUACCCGUGCUGCAGAGAGUGUUGAGCAGAAAGGCUUGAAAGGCAAAGUCAUAAAGGAUGCUGAGAAGAAGGACCAGAUGAAGGCUGACCUCACUGCUCUGUUCCUGCCUAGACAACCUGCCAUGCCCCUCUCUGAGGCAGAGCAGAUGAUGGAGGAGUGGAAUGAGGACCUGGAUGGGAUGGAGGGCUUCGUGUUGGAGGGGAAGAAGUUUGCCCGUCUGCCAGAGGAGGAGUUUGGACACUUCCACACACAGGACUGCUACGUCUUCCUCUGCCGGUACUGGGUGCCUGUGGAGUACGAGGAUGAUGAUGACAAGGAGAAGAAGGGAGGAGGACGGCGAGGAGGAGAGGAGGAGGGGGAGGAGGACAAGCAGAUGGAGGAGGACUUCCAGUGCGUGGUGUACUUCUGGCAGGGCAGACAAGCCUCCAACAUGGGCUGGCUCACCUUCACCUUCUCCCUCCAGAAGAAGUUUGAGAGCCUCUUCCCUGGGAAGUUAGAGGUGGUCCGGAUGACCCAGCAGCAGGAGAAUCUCAAGUUCCUGUCUCACUUCAAGAGGAAGUUCAUCAUCCACAAGGGCAAACGGAAACAGAAGCUGGACUCCGCCCAGCCCUCCCUCUACCACGUACGCACCAAUGGGAGCGCUCUGUGCACCAGGACGGUCCAGAUAGGAACAGACUCCAGUAAUCUCAACUCAGAGUUCUGCUUCAUCCUGAAGGUUCCGUUUGAGAGCACUGAUAACCAGGGCAUCGUGUACACCUGGGUGGGCAGGGCCGCUGACCCUGACGAGGCCAAGCUGGCGGAGGACAUCAUGAACUGCAUGUUCGACGACACCUACAGCAAACAGGUGAUUAACGAGGGGGAGGAGCCAGAGAACUUCUUCUGGGUGGGGAUUGGCUCCCAGAAGGAGUACGACGAGGAUGCAGACUACAUGAAGUACGCCCGGCUGUUCAGGUGCUCCAAUGAGAAGGGCUACUUCGCCGUGUCGGAGAAGUGUUCCGACUUCUGUCAGGACGACCUGGCCGAUGAUGACAUCAUGCUGCUGGACAACGGCAAAGAGGUUUACAUGUGGGUGGGGACUCAGACCAGCCAGGUGGAGAUCAAACUCAGCCUGAAAGCCUGCCAAGUGUACAUCCAGCACAUGCGCUCCAAGGAGACGGAGCAGGCCAGGAAGCUGCGUCUGGUCCGGAAGGGAAACGAGCCUCAUUGCUUCACACGCUGUUUCCACGCCUGGGGCGCCUUCAAGACCCCGCCCGCAUAGACACACACACACACACACACACACACACACACACACACACACACACACACACACACACACACACUGGAGAUGCACCUACACACCCUAUACACACAGAUUGUGGCCAUGUCGGGUUUUUUUCUUCUAAAUGUUUCAGCAGGUGUCUGUACCAAGCCCCCCCUCUGUCUACCUGAGGAAGGGUGUUCCACAUGCUACAUGGGCCCCACAUGGUCUAAAUAUAUAUACAUAUAUAUUCUAGUCUGGGUGAAGCUGGCUUGUGCAUGGUGUAGUAUGAGGAUCCUCUCUGUGCUUGAGUGAGCUUGCAUGGUGCAGUGGAUCAUGGGUAAUAUUAUACCCUGGUCAGCCUGACAUAUCUGAUCAUCACGUCACAGUGACCUCAUCACGUGACCUCCCCUUAGUCUGCUGGGAUUGGUCAAACUCUUCAGAUGCAGAUAUUAUAAACACAUUUACAAACAGCAGCUUCUACAGCCAUUGUUUACUGUAUCAUACUGAGUCAUGCACGCGUGUUGAGUCAGUCACGUGUUUCUAAGCAGAGUAAUCAUGUUCGAGUCACACGCGUGCACACGCUCCUGAUGCCACUGCUAGAUGCUCUAUUUAUGUAUUUUAUAUGAAAAUAAAGUUCCAUGUCACUAAA